UAGUACUGUGGUCGCAGAGAGUGGAGCAUUCGUGUUCAAACGUAAUGGAAAUAUUACGAAAUACAUUUGACGUUGUCAGAAUCAUCUUGAGUUCACAUGAAAACGAGUUUACGGAGACGUUUUCCAUGAGAGCCAAUUAUGUUUCAAUAGCGAAUGCAAUAAUAAGGUAUGCCACAGUGGACGAGUGACAUAGAUUCGUUCUUGGGUGUGAUCUUGGAUUGCAUCACUGAAAACUGAACAAAACAAAACUCAAGGAGGACGUCACUAUGGAGUACAAGAAUGACAAUGGUGGAAUUGAACUCUAUCUGGCUCACAUGAACAUUGAGGACAUAAUCAGUGCUGUGGAAAUUUUAUAUCCCUGCGAGUCGUCAUCGGGAGCGUCCUUUGAGGACAGCCUCUUCCAGGAGGACAUGGACGAAAACGAAGAGACGGCUGACUCUUUGUCACUUGAGCAGACCCCUGUGCUGGGCAGUGUGAGGUAUGGGGCUGUCUCGGACAUGCUGUCCUUCAUCAACCUCAUCUCAAAUACGCCACCAGCCUCACUGAAGCACCUGACUGAGGAGAUAGGUGUCCUGCUAAAUAAGACCGACAUGGUGGUCAAAGGGGGGCGUUACCGCAUCGACUCAGACGUAUUCCUGUUUCCUUGGAAACUGACCUACAGGAACCCAGGCUCUGGACACGUCCCCAAAGGGUCUUUUGGGAAAGUCCACCUUGCCCAAGACACAGAAACCAGAAAACGAAUGGCAUGCAAGCUGAUACCCUUGGAGCAUUUCAGGCCAGCUGACGUCGAGUUCCAGGCACGCUUUCGUCACGAGAACAUCGCCGAGCUCUACGGCGCCCUCCUGUGGGACCAAACCAUCCACCUGUUCAUGGAAGCUGGGGAGGGAGGCUCGGUGAUGGAGAAGUUGGAGAGCUGUGGGCCAAUGAGGGAGUUUGAGAUCAUUUGGGUCACCAAGCAGAUCCUCAGGGCUCUGGAAUACCUGCACUCCCACAACAUCAUUCACCAUGACAUCAAACCUAGCAACAUUGUCCUGAUGUCCGCCAAAGCGGUCCUGGUGGACUUUGGCCUCACCGUGCAGAUGACGGAGGACGUGUACACCCCGAGGGACCUGCGUGGGACAGAGAUGUACAUGAGUCCGGAAGUGGUUCUGUGCAGAGGCCACAACACCAAGGCGGACAUCUACAGCCUGGGCACCACCAUCAUCCACAUGCAGACCGGCAGCCCGCCGUGGGUUCGCAGGUACCCUCGGUCUGCCUACCCCUCCUAUCUGUACAUAAUCCACAAGCAGGCCCCGCCCCUCGAGGACAUAGCGGAGGACUGCAGCCCGGCCAUGCGCAGCUUCCUGGAGCGAGCGCUGGAGAAGAACCCCCGGGUGCGCAGCUCCGCGGCUGAGCUCCUGCGGGACGAGGCCAUCAACCCCCCCCGAGAGGACCAGCCCCGCUGCUGGAGCCUGGACUCCGCCCUGGGGGAGGCGUCGCACCCCCUGCUGCGUCAGCACAGCCAGCUGCCCGACACCACCCAGGAGUCUUCCCUGUACAGCGAGGAGGACUCGGCGCACCUGAGGCGAAGGGGGUCCCUGUACGUUGACCUGGGCGCUCUGGCGGGCUACUACAACAUCGUGCGAGGGCCCCCGUCCUCGGAGUACGGCUAACAGCCUCCCCUCGCGAACUCCUGCGGCGCUCGGGCGGGACGGACAGAGAAAGCAGGGGGGCCGAGGCUGAGCCCGGGGCCUGCCGAUGGAGCCUGCUCCCGCGGGGAGACGGCUCUCGGGCCCCAGAACCGCGGGACCUUUGCGCGCGUCACCAGCGGAAGCUUGCCGCGCCGGCGGGGUCGACACGCCCCUCUCAGUGUGAACUAUACUCCGGUUCAGAAAGUGUGUAAGCGUACGGAGUCAUCUCUUGCUGUUCCGUAAGGCGUUGAGCAUGUGUGGUUCUGAAGCAACGAUUAGCAUUAUUCUCAUAUGAAUACGUUUAUUCCUGUGGAAACAUAUGAUUUUGUAUAAUUGCUGUGCAAAUAACCCCUAUGUCUGUAAUCAAGUACAGGCAGUCCCCGGAUUACGAACAAGAUCCAUUCCUAAGUCUGUCUUUAAGUCGAAUUUGUAGGCGGGACAGGUACACACGGUUCUUAUUUAGCGUCAGUUAGUCAAAUGUUUGUCUUAGUAUGUAGUAUAUAUGUUACUAUAUAUACUGUAUAUAUGCCGCGCAAUGUUUUCAUGAGCGUCACAAAGUAGUGUGUGCGUUCGUUAUUACGAACCAUUGUAUUUAACUCAAAUUUUUAAUAUAAUAGGCUUUAUGGCAGUCCGUUCGUAAGCGCGAUUUAACCCCAGGCCUACCUGUAUCUAAAUCUUUCUAGUUUAAUACACUUGCUGAUUUAUGUUUUCUCUUUAUAGUGUACAUCCAAUGAGAUGAAAUAUGUAUAUACAGCUGUGGUACAUACAGCAAUGCCUGUUUAGCAUUCCUUAAUGAAUAUUUGUGUAAAUAUGCGUUCCACAGAGAACCCAAUGAACUUUGAAGUUUGCUAUCUGGGAUGUUUCAUGACCUUUAUAAAUGUAUGUUGAGGAAAGUAAUGAUUUGAGAACUUUGCUUCAGUGCAAAUUCUGUGAAGGGAUAAAUACUAUAAGAUAAGCUUGUGUGCCACUUGUCCCUUCUCUCCAGUUUGGGCAGAGUCAAUGGACAAUGCACAUACUAACAAUUACAUUGUAUAGUUAAGGAAAAGCAAAAUGUUUCUUGUCUUUUUAUAUUACAGCAUGGCACAUUUCAUGUUGGUUUUGAGGUGUGGUAAUUAUGAAUCAUUGGUGCAUUGAACACCAAGCUUGUAAAAGUGCUGGAUGCACUCUAGAUGGUGGGCUAAAUGACAUACAGUACCUAGAUGGGCUGAAUUGUCCAGUCUCCUUCAAAGCUGUGCUUGUAAAAUACUGCCUCAGUCUGAGCCAACUCAACCCAUAUACAAAUCCCCUCCCCUGUAAUGCCAUCGGUUCAGUUCCCAGCUGUGGGAAUUUUCUGUUCCGUGGUCCCAUCUCUAUCUGUAACCCUCUCUGAUUUCCCUUGUCUGAAUAAAGUAAAAAUGAUGGCA